AUGCAUGGCAGAAAACAUCCAGCACAAUGCUCGCAUGUAACAUGCUCGAAUGAUGCAGACAUAAGGAAGAUAUCAAAGGUUCUGCUUAUCAUCCUGAUGUUUAUGUUCCUGGAGCUUUGGGGGCAUUGGAAAACAAAUAGUUUGUCGCUCCUGGCAGAUUCUCUGCACCUGCUUGUGGACAUAUUUGGAUUCAUAGUCAGCCUUCUUUCGUUGAGCUGGGCAAAAAAGCCUUCGAACAAGAGAAUGACCUUUGGAUAUCACCGGAUAGAGAUUAUCGGAUCCAUGGUUUCCAUCGGACUUAUCUGGGCAGCCGUGGGAUACCUUGUGAUUGAGUCGUUUCACAAGUACCUCCAUCCUGCCGAGAUUGAUGGCGGGAUGUUCUUUGGGAUAGCAGUUGUUGGGUUCUUUGUGAACUGCAUCUGCAUUUAUGUCCUUCAUUACGAUGAGUACCAGCACAAGCUCAAGCACAAGAACUUGAAUAUCCGGGCCACCUAUGUGCACGUGGUCGGGGACCUCAUCCAGUCUGUUGGCGUGAUAAUCGCCGGAAUGGUGACAUACUUCUACCCAUCAAAGGCGAUUGUAGACGUGAUCUGCACAAUGUUCUUCUCUGUGCUUGUCCUGAUAUCCACCGGCUUUGUGUUCAGGGACGGGGUCUACAUACUAGCAGAAGGAGCACCUACGGAUCUUGACAUAGACGGGAUGAGAUCAGACAUCCAGGACGUGGAGAACGUUUACAAAAUUGUUGAUUUGUAUGCAUGGUCUAUAUCCAUGAACAGAAGCGCUGUAUCCAUUAGGAUACUAGCCGAUGACCUGCUGAUUAGCGAUUAUGAAAACAUCCUGCUGGAAGUGAAUCACAUAAUCAAAGGGAAGUACCUUGUGGACAUAGUGGUCGUGCAGAUAGACACGCCCAACACCUUCUAUGGAGACAGGGGAUUCGUUGUCGAUGGCGUUGCGAUGGAUUUGAAGAUGCUUGAGACUCCCGGGAUGCUGAUUCCCCAGGCUUAG